GUUUGAAUCUGAUGUCGUAGCAGAGGUGUAGAAGAAGAAGAAGAAGAAAGUGUCUUCGAUGAAAUGAAAUUCGGAAUUGCGAAAAAUCCCAUUAAUAUUCUUCACCCUCAGUCAUCGUCUUCACUUGUUCUUUUCCAUGUACCGUCACUUGCUUGCAACUUUCUUCACAGUUCCAGCACAAUAUGGACCUUCGGCUCCAAAACCCUCAGGUUGUCGUUUUCUUCGUUGAGAGCGUCGUGUGCUUCUACCUCAACUAUUUAUGGAGGUUGGGACGAUCUUGGUGGCUCAGAAGGGCCUGCUGAGUCCGAUUUGUUGCGCAAUUUUCUCGUUUCUGUUGGAAUCGAUGACAGGAAGAACAUUUUCGUGUUCCUAUUGGGCCUGGUUUGUGCGAUGGCGAUUUCUAGGGUUAAGGUUUCUUCUAUCCUUGUUCUUCCUGCUUCUGUGUUGGUUUUCGCCGUUGGUUUCACUGUAGGGUUUUUCCGGAAUGGGACCUUCGGUGAUGUGAGAGUGAGUGGAAGUAAGAGGAAAGAAAAGGAGGAGAAUUUGAAGCUUUCUUGUGCGAAAUUGAGGAGUUUGGUGGAAUUCUUUGAUGAGCUUGAUCUUGUAGUGAAUAACUUGAAGAGUGAGGUACAAAGUGCUAUCAGGAAUAAUAGGAUUCAGGUGGAUGAUUUUUAUGGUUAUGUUGAAGUCACAGAUAAGAUAAAAUUAUCAGCUUUGAAUGCUAGGAGCAUUGUCAAGGCUUUAAUCGACGAUGAGGAAAAUUCUAAUGGCGUUAUGGUUGAGAACCAUAAGAAUGCUAGAAGAAAGAAACAAGUUGGAGAAGCUGGGAACCAGAUGUUAAAAUCUAUUGGCAGUUUGUUUGGAGAAACUUUGCUUAGCUCCAAUUCCACCAAAGUCAGAGAAAAUGUUAAGCAAGAGGGAAUGGAGAAAGCAUUAAAUCAAUCUAGAGGAAAUAGUAACGUGCCUCCUGUUGAAGAUAGGGCUUUAAAUUGGGUUGAUGAUCAUAAAGCAUAUGAUAAGUUGGAUUCUUCUCAAGACUCAUCCACUAACUCUGUUUUGGACAUGGACAGAAAUGGAAGAAUAAAAACUACUCCUGAGAAAGAAAAUUUUGGCUUAGGGGACAUUGGCAGAAGCACUACCAGAAUCCCUGAAGAAAAAGAGUAUAGUUACCAGAACAAAGGAUUGAGGUUCACAAAUAAUCACAGCUUUUCUUUGAAGAUGGAUUCCACCAGCAUAACCGACAUGUGGGAAUCCCGAGACAAUCUGCUUGAUUCUGAAAGCUUUAAAGUCAGAAUGAAACAAAUGGAAAGUGAGUCAUCAUUUGUGCGCGAGCAGUCACUCAAUCCAGGUCAUGAAACUUUCAGGUCUUCUCGUGAAAAGAGUGAUACUGGGUCUGAUAGGUCUCAGUAUAAAGAAGAUGGGGUAAAUUAUAAUGACCAUCGUCAUCCUGCCAAUGACUUGUCUGCACGUGAGAAUGAAUUCAAUACCUCUUCAUCUGCAAAGAUUUCAGAUGAUAUGAUGUUUGAUAGGUAUCUUGCUGAAGCAACAGACCUUCUAAAACAAUCAAGAGAGUUUCUAAAGGGUAGGCAUGAUGGAGAACAAGCUGAAAUCAUGUUAUACAGGUCCGCGAACUUACUAUCAAAAGCUGUGGACUUGAAGCCUAUGAGUUUGUUGGCUGUAGGCCAGUUAGGAAACACUUAUCUUCUUCAUGGAGAAUUAAAGUUGAAGAUUAGUCGUGAACUGAGAACUCUUCUUUCAGGGAGCAUCCAGCCAUCAUCUGGAAAACAUAGUAGAAUAUUGAAAGGACUGCUGAAAAAAAUCAAUAGUAAAGAAGAAGUUGCACCAUUGCUUAUUGAUGUAUGUGAAGAGUGUGAAGAGCUUCUAGUAGAGGCGGGCAGAAAGUAUAGGCUAGCGUUGUCAAUUGAUGCAAAUGAUGUGAGAGCCCUAUAUAAUUGGGGCCUUGCUCUCUCUUUCCGUGGGCAAUUGAUAGCAGAUAUUGGUCCGGGUGCAGCUUUUGAGGCUGAAAGAGUAUUCUUGGCUGCAAUUGACAAGUUUGAUGCCAUGCUGUUGAAAGGCAAUGUUUAUGCACCAGACGCUUUGUUCAGAUGGGGUGCGGCAUUACAGCAGAGAUCUCGCUUAAGGCCAGGUAGUAGUAAAGAGAAGGUGAAGUUACUGCAGCAGGCUAAAAGGCUAUAUGAAGAUGCCCUUCAUAUGGACUCCAAUAACUUGCAAGUGAAAGACGCCUUAUCCUCGUGUGUAUCUGAGCUUAUUUAUCGACAAUUUUAAUUAAUUCAAGGUAAGAGUUACCCAGAAAAUCAGUUAUCUUCAAAUUCCUAGCUUUGAUUAUGUUAUAUCUGCCUUGGAUCCAGAACCAGCAGCAGGUAUAUUUGCAUAAUUGGCCUUUAAUGCAAAUGAGUUUAUGAUUCCCAGUGUUGUCUUCUUUGUAUUGACUCUUCCUAUAAUUUGGAAAAGAUAGCACAUACAAUAACAGUAAUAAUAAGGAUUCAAACCUGAAAUUCCUC